UGCGGUGGUUGCUAGGCGACGCUGCAGCGGGAACGGCGUGCGGGUGACACGCGGGAUUCCCUCCAUCUCUUCAGGCCCUGUCGGCUGCACAGUGCUGCUGAGGGCCUCGGCACGGCCGCGCUCCUCAGGCCCGCUUGCCCCGGCCUUCCCCUGCCUUCCUGCCUGGCUGGCUCUCUGUGCUCUGAUACACUCCUCUCAGGGGCGGCCUCUGGUUGUCCUGUGGGCAGCUCUGUCAGUGAGCUGCUGGCUUAACCGCACCGUGUGGUGUUUUCUUCCUCAGGCCUUGACGAGGUUCCUCACAGAACAAAUCCUGUAAUUUAGCUCAGCCUGUGCCGAAGGCUCGCGUGCCCCGACACUUUUCAGCAGGAUUAGCUUUUAAUCCUGUUUAGCCCCUUACAGGUGAUUUUUUUUUUUUUUUAACACCUUGGGCAGCACGUAGGCUGACUUCUGUCAGUUCCUCAGUCAGAAAUCAGUUCCUCCUUUGGGGCAGUGGUGUUAAGCAUAAGCACGACCACGCGGCACGCAGAGCGUUCUCACUGUACGAGCCUUGUUGCUAAUCGUCCUUGUGCCCCAAUUCCAGGCUUCCCGUGGUUUGAUCGACCGACCCUCUGACAGCUCCUGAAGUAUCGGAAGCAGCGGUGUCAGGGUUCAAAAGUGCUAGGACUCCCAUCUGCCAUCAGAUGACUUUCUGCCUGACUGAGCUGCACCUGUGGUCUUUGAAGACUACCUUACGUAUUAGCGAUGAAGACAUUGGGGUACAUCAGUACUACGACAAGAAAGAGCCAGGAUCACAAAUGAAGCAUGGUUAUUUAGAAGACAAGCAAAAGCUAGCAGAAUCUCGAGAUUACCCUUGGAUAUUGAAAAACAAACGGCCGGAAAAACUGCGAGAUACACUCAAGGAGGUUGAGGACUUAAUGCAAAACAGUCGAUGUGUGCUGAGCAAAUGGAAGAACAAACGUAUCUGCCAGCUCCUCUUUCAUUCAGGUAUAUUGGUCUCCCUAAGCCUUUCUGGGCCACAGCUGGAGAAAGUGAUGAUUGACAGGACCCUGGUGGGGAAGCUCAUCUCCGACACCAUCAGCGAUGGUAUUCUUUCGGACAAUUUCAUCAUCUUGUCAUUUGAGGACUAUAACCAACUCUGCUUCAUUCACUUUACAAAGAAGAUGGAUUCUCCCAGUGUAAACAGAAGACAUGAGAAACUCUCUUGUUUGGAUUUUAAGAUUUCUUACAUUGAUAUACCUGGACUAGAAGGUAGGAGGAUGAAACGUCACCUGGCAAUAAACUGUAUGCAAGAUAUGGCCAUUUGCUGGUGGUCAGCAGCUAGUGAAGGAGCAUGGCCUUGGUCUCCUAUUUCCUGUGAAAGGGACAGAGCCAACCUAUUGCUGUUAGGCUGUGCACAUGGCAAACUGGAGGUUCUGAGUUAUGUUCGUACAGAAUGGGAUCCACUUGAUGCUAGCUUUAGCUCUAAGGAGCCUUACCAGGUUCACACAGUUGAGCACUCCAUCUCUGCAGAUAAAGAGCCCAUGGCUGACAGCUGCAUCUACAACUGUGUUAGAAACAAAAUUCGGUGUGCAGCAGUCACCAGAAUACCACUACAAUCAAGGGCAAUCAGCUGUUGCAGAAAUAUUACAGAAGACAAACUAGUCCUGGGCUGCGAAGAUUCGUCAAUAAUUCUGUAUGAUGCCUACAACCAAGUGACUCUGUUAGCCCAAGCAAAACUAUUGCCUGCAUUAAUAACCUACCACCCUUCCGGGGCCAUAUUCCUGGUUGGCAGUUCUCAAGGGGAGCUGCAGAUUUUUGACACGGCUCUAUCCCCAGUUAAAAUUCAGCUCUUAGCAGACGACUAUUCACCUGAGGCAACUUUGCAAUUCGGCAAACACUUUGACGUCUCUAGCAGCCUCAUCCAGAUUCAGUGGGCUGCUGCUCAAGCUGCAUCUCCCAGCACUGAUGGCAUAGAUGUUCAUGAUCUUUUGUUUGUUAGGUUUGACAAAGGACCCUUAGGAGUACUUCGCUUUAAACUUGGUGUGAUAACAAGAGGACAGCUGGGCCUUGUGGAGAUCAUCCACCAAUACAUUCGUUAUGAUGAGAUACAUGAGGCAAUUAACGUCCUGAACACCAUGAACUGGAACACGAUGGGCCAUCAGUGUUACAUCUGCUUGAGUGCCAUUGUCAAUCACCUACUUAAACAAAAGCUUACACCAGACAGAGAAGCACAGCUUGAGGCAAGCCUUGGAACCUUUUAUGCUCCAACAAGACCCCUCUUGGAUACAACCGUGCUGGAGUACAGGGACCCCAUCAGCAGAUAUGCAAGAAGGUUCUUCCACCACCUGCUCAGAAACCAGCAGGGAAGGUUUGUUGCUGCCGUGGCCAACUGUAAUGGCUGAGGGCCAGUUGCCUGCAGAGGACAGACGCGGAAAGAAUGCCUCAGAGAUUGCUGAGAGGUGUAGUAACUAUAGUGCACUUACAUCUGCUGGAGAAAGGUGUAUUCCCUCUGACUCAGGAUUUGCUUCGAAAUGCCAGCAGGCAUGCAGAGGCACGGGGCCCUGGCUGAGCUUCCAGCCCUUGGGGCUGCUCAACACAGCUGAAAUGCUGUCUCAAUCUCUCUAGCAGACAAGAAGUUUCAGUGCCAGAGUGCUGCCUGGACAGUAUGGGACACAAAUUGGAGAUGUAUAGGAGAGUCUCCCUGUGUCUUUUACCUCCACUAUAAAGCAGGCUUUGAAUAAUCUACUGGUAUGGCAGUUUUUUGGAACAAAUGAAUGUUAUUUUGCUGUUUCCCUAUUGUCAAAGGGAUUUGUAUUCAACUGAAUCAAAGUGAUAGGAUCAUGUCUAUGCUGCAGAACAGAUGGUAAUGCUUAAAGCUUAUCUGAAAAGACAUAAUCUAAGUACAAAAUGAAAUGUACAAAAAUGGCAGAUUUAUCUGAUAUAAAGCAAGGAAAUGAUGUCCAGAGAUGAUCUUUGUUGUAUUAAAGUGGCUGUGCCUUAAUUGGUAUUUAUUUCCUUUUAGAUGUUUUCUUAAGUGACCAGAAUGAUUUGAAUGUAGGCUAAACUGACAGUGCUGCUGAUUUGUUGGAGAAAUGGUAAACCAGCUGGAUGAUUCUGAGAGAGAGAGAGAAGGUCAUCUAGGCCAAUUCUCCUAGUGUCUGGGAAAAUCGUAAGAAAGCACAAUGCUCACUAAUUUGUCUAGGCAUGCAGAAGCUACAGUCUCUGCUGUUACAUCCUUCUGUGAUGAGCCAAGCACGGCUAGCCAUUUCUGCCAGUCUGCGUUUAUGAGUGUGGAGAGAGUUCUGCUCUUGCCUUUUUGGAUCACCAUAUCUUGCACAACAGGACAAUGGAAAUUGAGUAGUCCCCCCUCUACCUGUUUGUUAGAAAUGGCAACUCUAUGUGCAUGUCAGGAAGGCUGCAUUUAAAGUCAGUUACACACGCUGUAUCUCAAGCCAUGUUAUUCAAUCCAUUCUCUUUUUUAACCAUAUUUGCUUGGCACAAAAUACCUGCAUGUUUGUUACAAAUAGUUAAUGAACCUUUUCAGUGAAUUUGUGCUACCACAGAUAUGUAUGCAGGACUAAACAAAAUAAUAGCAAAAUAAUAGCAAGAAGACUUAAAUGCAGAUGCACUGUGAAUUGUCAGUGCUAGUUUGAUGCAGCACUAGGGGACAUUUGUUGCCCUCUUGUGAACGUUUCCUAAAAGCAAAAUAAUCACUUUGUUCCCUGUUGCAGCAAGUAAUGGAGAAAACACAGUGCUUCCUAAAUUGUACAGCUGAGAUUGAGAAAGUGUUUCCGACAUACUGUAGGAUCUUCCAUAAUUCAUUUGGGCUUCAGAAAAAAGCAAGCAACAUGUUCACAGAAGGUAGAUGUAGAAGAUGAGGAGCUGAAAGACACCGAGAGCCAAAAACUCAGAAGGGGGUUUGGAAGGGUGAGGCAAGUGGGGUUAGGAGCAAAAGGCAGGGAAAUGAGGACAAAGGACUAAAGACAGAUAAGGGAACAGAGAAAUACAAAAGGGUAGAGUGGGAGUACGGAUCAGAAGAGAAUAAGACAGUGUAGGGUGUGUGUUGGCCUGCAGAGGAGACAAGAAGCACAGGAGAUGGACAGAAGAGGGUUUAGUUUUUAAUACAAGAUUAAAAUAUUAAAAUGCUUGUACGUUUGUAGAUCUAAAUCUGAAAAAUGCUCAGAUAAACAGAAGUGUUCACCCCCCCCUACCAGCUUUCUUUUGAAUGCCCCACCAAUCUGCCUUAAGCCUUUUCUAGAAGGACCCGCUUCUCUUGGGAGAGAAAUAUUAAUUCAUUCUACAUGCUGAGACAAUCUUUGACCUGCCUGCUGAGUCUGCCAAAAAGGUGCCAGUUAUUGUACUUUUUAAGGUGCGAGUGUCUGUACUUACUAGAAUUGAGAAAUACAGUCACCUUUUCAAAAAGGCUAUCCUCACCUCGUAAUAAUCAUGAGCCAAUGAUUUUAAUCUUUACUGCAGUCUGAAAGGUUUUAUAUAUAGUUGAACAUAACUGGCAACAUCCAUUUUCACAUUAUCAGUGAGAUUAUGGGCUAAGUAUUUUUCUACCAUCAGUUUCCAGAAAAAAAAAAAAAAGAACAGUGUGAUAGUAGGUCCUGUGAACCAUGUGAAGGCGCUCUGUAACUACAGUCUGCAGUACAAGAUGGGUUAGAACAUGGUGCAGCAGCCUGAGAUGGGCAUCAUCUUCAGCUUCCACUAAAACAGAGAUACAGAGCUUUGCUGGCAUAGGCCCUGAAUAAAGAAUAUGGAAUAUCUCCAAAAACAGGCGUUCAGUAUACAGAAUUAAAAUUAAAG